AUGAUAUCCAAAAAUUCCCCAAAAUUUUUUUGCUUAUCAUCAAAAUUUCAAAAAGGAUUUAUAGAAAAGACUAGAAUCCAAUCUCGAAAUUACAUUAUUUCAAAAUUUCAAUUUGGAUUCGAAUCAAUUUUUAAAAUAUUUGAAACCUCUAAAAAGCCAUCAUUAUCGUCAUUAUUAUUACUUGAUAAAUUUGACAAUAAUUCACUACCACCAUCAUCAUUUAUACCUUCGGAUCCUCGAAUAAAAUCCGAACAUUGUCCAGGAUGUGGUGCAAAAUUUCAAACUAGAGACCGUUCCAAACCUGUAGUGACAGAAGAAUGGCAAGAAUCAGUGACAUCAGAGAGAUCAUUUUUAUCAUAUUUAAAAAAGAAGGAUGAUGCUAUAAUAAUAACGGUGGUAGACAUUUUUGAUUUUCCCGGAACCUUAUUAGAACAUCUUGAUGAAUUAAUUGGAACAAAGAAUCCCAAUAUUUUAGUUGCCAAUAAAUCGGAUCUACUUCCCAAGGAUUUUAAUGAAACCAGAAUAAAACUUUGGUUACGUACCAUAAGUGAAAAAUUAGGAUUUAAAAAUAUUCAUGACGUUUUUCUUACAAGUGCCAAAAAGAAUUGGAGAAUUCAAGAAUUAUCUGAAACCAUUGCAGCCAUUAGAAGUGGAUUUGAUGAUAUUUAUUUAAUUGGUUGUGCUAAUGUUGGUAAAUCCGAAUUAAUUAAUAGUUUUUUGAGGAAUACCGUGGAAGAAGGAUGGAGACAUAAAGUAACCUCAUCACCUAUUCCGGGUACAACGAUAGGAAUGAUCGGAUUACCAUUAACAUUAUUUGGUACAACUUUUGGAUAUAAUCCAAAAGGAUUUCAUUUUCCACAAGAAAGUAAAUAUUUAUAUGAUACUCCGGGAAUUAUAAAUAAGAAACAAUUGGUUAACCUAUUGAAUGAAGAUGAAUUGAAAAUGGUAAUUCCACAAAAAAUGAUUAAACCAUUGACAUAUUAUAUUUUUCCAGGUAAAUCUUUAUUUUUAGGGGGAUUGGCUAGAAUUGAUUAUGUUGAAGGAGAUAAACCGAUUCGAAUCACAAUAUUUAGUAGAUUAAAUCCACAUGUUACUUCAAUUCGAAGGGCCGAUGAGAUGUGUCAAUCUAUGGCGGUUGGUGAUAAAACAUUCUUGGAACCACCAAUAAUAAAUUCGGUAAAAAGAAGGAUUGAACCUUUUCCUCCAUUGGUUAGAGGUAUAAAAAGGCAUGCUUUAAAAGGUCUGAGAGGUACCACGAUGUCACUAAAAGAUAUUGUAUUUUCCGGAAUUGGAUGGGCUUCAUUUGGUGGAAGUUAUGAAAGAGCCAUCAUUGAUGUUUGGUCACCAAAUGGUACAGGAAUUUAUUUUAGGGAUAAACCUUUAUUGCCAUUUGAAUUUAAAAAUGAUGAAAACACUAAUAACCGAAUAAAAUGGAUAGUACUUUAUUUAAUGUGA